AUGUGGCGUCGUCGACGCGUCGUGGCGUUUGUUUUUGCGUUGUGCGCCGCGUGUGUGAGCGAAUCGAACGCCGCGCGAAGCGUCGAGGUGGCUCUGAGCGCUGGGUGGAAUUCGACGUCGAUCUCGCUCGAGGCGCUCGCCUACGCGCUGGACGUCGACCGCGACGCGUUCUGGACGCUCGCACGAUCGUUAGACGAGGGUGUGCGUGAUUCGAAGACGGAGUGCGAUGGAUUCAUCGAUGAAGCGUCGAGGCGGGCGCACGGAAGCGCGGCGAGCGCGCGAGCGGCGGGACUGGCGCGCGGAUUACGCGUCGCGUCUCCGCGGGUGGCGGCGACGCGCGAUCAAGCGGAGACGGAUGUAGGGACGAGCGAUGGGUGCUGCAGAGUGAUGUAUGAGGGAGAGACGUACGGCGAGGUCGAGGCGUUAGGUCGAGCGAUCGAGGGCGGAACGACGGAGGGCGCGAGGGGACGGCGAGCGGAGCCGCGCGACGCGUUUUGGAGGGAUGAGAACGUCAAUAUUUCUACGGCGAUCGCGUACGCGGCGCCGGGAACCACUUGUUUCGCGCAAAUGCACGAGAUUUUAGCGGGCGCGAGCGACGCAGGGCGGUUGAAUUACGUGUUGAGGCCGACGCUCUUCGACGGGUGCGCUCGGGAUGAUGGGUGCGCGGCGCUCGGCCAGACCGGGGAUAACCUCCGUCUUGCGGGGUUCGGUGUGGAGCUUGCGGUGAAAAAUAUGGAAUACAAGGCCAUUGAUGAUAGCAAAGUCAAAACCGAUGGUGGUGAAAGCGAAGACGGGAGUGACGAUGAGGCGACAACGGUGUCGCCUGGCGCGGAGCUCAAGGAUGAGAGCGUACUCGGUUUCAAUUUCGCCAAGCUGAGCGAGACAUAUCCGGAUCACGUCGAAGGACUGCGUUCCUUCCGAGAUGAACUUGUGGGUAAGGCGCAAUUAAGUUCAGACGCGCCGUUAAAAUUGUGGGAUAUCGGUAAUUUGGGUCUUCAAGCGACACAGCGCAUCGCGCUCGCAGACGACCCACUCCGGGAAUUGGUGGAACUCUCUCAAAAUUUCCCAUCUCUCGCGAACGGGCUCUCGCGAAUGAAACUGAACUCCACACUUGUGAACGAGGUGAAGGGAAACCACAAGAUGGUUUACCCAGGUGGGCUCGUGAUGUCACUCAACGGAGAAAACCUCGAGCUGGACACCAUCGACAUUUACACCCUAACGGAUAUCAUUUCGAAAGAAAUCCAGCACUCGCAAACGUUGAGCCGACUCGGUCUGUCGGAAUCUGCCGUUUCACGGCUUCUUCGGUUGCCUGGCAGAUCCGGUGCUAGUGUGAAGGUGAACAUGACGAGCGACUCCAUCAUUUUUUUCAACGACGUGGAGAAGGACUUGAAGUACAAACGUUGGAGCAAGAACCUUGGCCAGCUACGUUUCCAAGCGCAAGGAGGAUUCCACAGGGUGAAGUACAACAUGUACAAUCUUGCCGUCUUCCUCGAUCCGUCUAAGCCGUCGACGUGGGAUGUCAUCGGCAUGAUGGCUCAUUUUCAACAGAGCACUGUCCCGGUACGAAUGGCUCAAGUAGUAGUCACGAAAUUGGGUAACGAAGAUCCGGAACUCAAGGUCCUUGGUGAAAGGGUGUACCCGGACGUGGGAGAGCCUGUGAUGCGAGCGGCUAACUACAUUUUGCAGCAGUACGGAGCAGUUGCUCAGCACGAGUUCUUAGCGGCUAUUGCUGCUAGUCGUCGUCCACACCAGGAUUCUUCACCGUGGGCACCGCCGAUGUACUAUCCACCAUCCGUGUCCAUGGCUCGCGCAGCAUUUGUUAAAACACUGAACAAGUAUGCCGACGAUAGCGAAUUUGAAGCAGACGAACUGUUCGACGAGUUUGAGUCAUCGGACUCACCAAAGGCGGAUAAAUAUGUGGACGCCGUUCGUGCUCACGUGUUGGGCAAAGGUUUGACGACUCAGUCCUUCUUAUUGAACGGAGAGUACGGAGAUGAAAUGAUGGCCUUCAGAGGCCAAGCGACGCUCGACCAGCUCAUCGUUCACAGUUUGCGCCAGGAGAUGUCGAGGAUGCAGCGCCUUGCCUUCACAGACGAGUUGACAGAGGCCACCAAGAACAUGGCCGAGUUUGUGCAACAGGGCGCCACGACGAAGUAUGUGCCGUGGAUCGUAGAUACGCAGAAGUUUCCUCCUGUUUAUCACGCACCGAUUCCCUUUGCAUCGAUCGACGCACUCGAGUACGUUCAACACGGAGAUAUUGACGUAGUGAAGGCGAUGUCGCUGGUGGUCGUUGCCGACGGUGAUACAGAUUUAGGAGCAGCAAUGAUCGCGGCGGCGGUGUCCCACGUAUCGUCACACGCUGGAAGGAAUUCAAGAGUCACGGUCGUGCACUCGGGCGUGAAUGUUCUCGGUGAGCGUGCUCGCGCCAUCCAAGCCGCAUUACAUGUCCCCACGCGCAGGACGAAGAUCGCCAAAUUUCUUGAAGAGCUUCUCUCAUCGCGCGAAGCAUCCGCAGAGGAGAUCGCUGAACGAGUGGGACUGAAUGCGGAUGACUUCAACCGAGUCUCGAACGACGAGAAGCUCAUGGUUGACGUGGUGCAGCACAGCAAACGAUUCUUAUCGUAUCAUAGAAUGAAUUCACACUGCGCCAUCGUCGCAAAUGGCAGAGUACUCGAUCUCACAGAGAGAAAGUGCACGAUAGAUGUCACUGACAUCGAUGCGUUGGUAGAAGUUGAAAUGGCGCAACGGUCGACGUAUAUUUUCGACGUUGUCUCGACGGAAAUGCUCGGUAAAUCUGAGCCUAUCAUCGAGCCCAAGUUGCUUUCUCAGGCGAUCUCUGACGCCGCCGCGCUUGUAGCUGUUAAGCAAAAGAAAGCAUCCAACAAGCGUACGGUAGAGAGUCUGGACAAGCUCAUCGCUCAGGCGAAAAGUACGGCUUUCGUGGCGGGCACGGGUACAAUCGUUCAGAUAGAGGCAGUUCUCGAUCCUUUGAGCAAAGAAGCGCAGCGCGUGGCGCCGGUGCUCGCUCUUUUACGAGACCGGUUACCCGAUGAGGUGACGAUUCGGGUCGUACUCAAUCCCAGGGCGGCUUUACAAGACCUACCGUUGAAGUCAUAUUAUCGCUACGCUUUGCCACCUGCAACGCUUGAUGCUGAUCCUCUCGUGGUGAUCACUAACGUGCCUACUCACAAGACGUUGACGACGCAUGUCGAUUUCCCAGAGCCUUGGAUGGUCACGACGCACAAGGCGAAGUAUGACCUGGACAAUCUCAUACUCAAAGACAUAAAGGAGAAGGUAGUGAGUGCAGAGUAUAGACUUGAGUCGAUUCUCAUCACCGGUCACGUGAGUGACGUCGACAAAGACCAAACACCGGCUCGCGGGACACAACUCAUUCUCGAGGACAAGAACACGGCGGUGAAUCCGGGCACCAUCGUCAUGUCUAAUCUUGGCUACUUCCAGCUUCCCUCUUCACCGGGACGGCAUAGGUUAUCUCUACGUGCCGGUGCGUCGGCAGAUAUCUUCGCCUUCAAGGAAGUCCACGACCUUCUCGUCGCCGACUCAGAAAAAUUGCGCGUUUCUGAUGACGAACUCUCUAUCGAUGUCUUAGUUGAUUCGUUCGCUGGACUCCGUCUCGAUAUUUCACUGAAACGACGUGCAGGUAUGGAAACGGCGGACGUAUUAGACGCCGGGCUCUCUUCUACGUCUCCUUCGGGAUGGCUCUCAAAAGUGCUCAAGAAGAAGAGCAACGAGCGUAUUCACAUUUUUAGUGUUGCCUCGGGUCACCUGUAUGAGAGAUUCCUCAAAAUCAUGAUGGCUUCAGUGAAGCGUUCGACCAAGAAUCCUGUGAAGUUCUGGUUCAUCAAAAACUGGCUUUCCCCAUCGUUCAAGGACUUCCUGCCGCACAUGGCUGAGAAGUACGACUUUGAGUACGAGCUCGUGAGCUACAAGUGGCCCACGUGGUUGAACAAACAGACGGAGAAACAAAGGAUUAUCUGGGCGUAUAAAAUUCUCUUCUUGGACGUCCUGUUCCCGCUCGAGCUUAAUAAAGUAAUAUUCGUCGACGCGGACCAAAUAGUUCGCGCGGACAUGAGCGAGCUUUGGAACAUGAACCUCCACGGUGCGCCGUACGGGUACACGCCGAUGUGCGACAAUAACAAAGAGAUGGAGGGGUUCCGAUUCUGGAAGCAAGGAUUCUGGCAGACUCAUCUCAGAGGGAAGCCUUACCACAUUAGCGCACUUUAUGUGGUCGAUUUGGAUCGUUUCCGUGCCGUUGCUGCGGGAGAUAGGCUGAGAGUGAUGUACGAUUCGCUCUCGCGCGAUCCGGGGUCGUUGGCGAAUCUCGAUCAAGACUUGCCAAAUUACGCCCAGCACGACGUCCCGAUCUUUUCCCUCCCCAUGCCCUGGCUGUGGUGCGAAUCGUGGUGCGGUAACGAGACGAAAGCGGCUGCGAAGACGAUCGAUCUGUGCAAUAAUCCGCUGACGAAGGAGCCAAAGCUUGAGGGCGCUCGUCGCAUCGUCGCCGAAUGGCCCGAACUCGACGCUGAGGUUCGCGCGUUCACGGAGGUCGUAGAGCACGGUUGGCGCGCAUCCGAACCGACGGUGAAAGAUGAACUAUGA